GACCCGCCCAGAUAGCCGUGUUACAACCAGUCGUCAGCAACAUGGCGCCUUGGGGGGAGUUAAUCCUGCUUGCUGGAGUUACGGCAUUGUGCGCAGGAGACGUCCACUUCGGAACGUUUGUGUUUCAUCCCGACUACGCCCACCCCAUGGUGUUUGACCCUGUGUUUUACGUCAACACAUACAGCGACCUUGGUCACCUUGCUACACCUGAGAUCGCCAGGGAUCACUGGCUGAAACAUGGUAUUGAUGAGGGAAGACAGGGGUCUGGCCAGUUCCACUCCAAGCAGUAUCUGAAGAGGAAUCCAGAGAUCGCCAGAGCGUUUGGACAGAAUUACACAGCAGCCAUCAACCACUUUCUGGAGUUUGGUCGGUACGAGCACCUGCAGGGCUACGUGGAGGGCGGGUACGGCGGGCGCUACACCAUCUCAGUUGACACGCUCUACAUCAGCGCCUCGGCACGCAUGGGAGGAGCGAUAGACAGUCUGGUCUGGGGGAACAAGGAGUUUAUCAAUGCCUGGGAUCAUGGACGCGAGAUUCAGACUGCCAUCAAUGCUAUACCAUACGGUGAAUGUUUCAACCCAACCGAGGCUGGAGGGGCCAGUGAUUAUAAGUCACCCACCACGAAGUCUGUUCUGAAAAAUAUUACAGUCAACGCCAACGUUAUGACAUCCACGGUAUAUCCUGCCUUCUGGAUCCGGGCUGGCAGCCGCGAGGUGAACAACAUGACGCGUGUGUGCAUGCGGGGCUCCCCAGCCGUCAACACAGUCGACACCUACAACCACGCCUUCUCCAAGGUCGUCACCAUAGGCUGUGCUGGAGUUCACUACUGCAUUAAGUAUGAGGCUGGGUUCCAGAUAGCGGGCAAAUGGCCUAAAUACGACUUUAUCAACUUGGAGGCGCCCGCGGUGUAUUUGACUGGUAACUUCACCAAGCUCCUGAACUACAACCCCCUGAACCACCAGCUGCAGCCUCACACCCACAGUACCUGGCCCCCGUCUACAACUCCUGACCACAAGUAUGCAAUGGGCGUGUAUGCCCCGGGGGGACAGGACACGGACCUGUUCAUGUACUACAACACUGGUCAGUUUGACGGCAACUUCGCCGACAAGACCAACUCGAUGCACGUCGUAUUCAGAAAGCAGCCUUUCCCGGAUACCAGCCCACGACACCUGUCGUAUGUGUCGUACCUCUGUGUCGGCACUCUCGACAUGGUGGCUGACUGUAUGAGGAGGCUACAGAGCACACUCAUUUAACCCACCCUUUCUCAUGACAACCAGCCUCACACUGACCGUCCCAGGAGGGUAGACUGCAUAUUAAAACAUAAAGUGUU